CCCACAUAUUAUCAUGCUCAUUCAACACACUACACACACAUGACACACAAUCCAUGUCAAAUCCCAUGAUUCCCCUGCUAAAGAAAGGAAAUUUGAGGAACUGCUCAUUGGAGUUGUGUGUGUAAUCAUGUAUUGACUUACCUGGAGGAAUCAGAGCUUUAAGCUUGACGGAAGUGCACAGUCAAGAAAUUUUGAUGGCAGCAGGGUGAGACUUGGUCCUGAAGGUGGUUCAAAGUCAGAAUGGCUCGCUCGGCUGUGGAGACGAGUGUGUGCAUAGUUUUCAACAUCGCGUGCAGCAUCGUGAUUGUGCUGCUGAACAAAUGGGUUUACGUCAACGUUGGUUUCCCAAACGUCACCCUGACGCUCGUUCACUUUUUGGUGACGGCGUUAGGCCUCAAGAUCUGUCAACUCAUGGGCGUGUUUCAAGUAAAGCGAGUUGACCUGAUGGAGAUGUUGCCAGUGGCUGUCACUUUCUGUGGCUUCGUCGUCCUAACAAAUCUGAGCUUGCAGAGCAACACAAUUGGCACAUAUCAGGUGGCCAAGGUGAUGACAACGCCUCUCAUUGUAGUCCUGCAACGAUGCUUUUACGGCAAGAAGUUCUCAUUCCCCGUGCUACUCACCUUGAUACCAAUAACUCUUGGUGUCAUCAUUGUUUUCUUUUACGACAUUCAGCUCAACCUCCUUGGCACCGUUUACGCGACCCUUGGCGUCCUGGUGACCUCCAUGUACCAGAUAUGGGUCAGCGAGAAACAGCACUCACUGCAAAUGGACGCAAUGCAGCUCCUGUACUAUCAAGCCCCGCUGUCGGCAGCUAUGCUGAUGGUAUUAGUGCCUUUCUUUGAGCCCAUGUCCGCCACCUGGAACCGUUCCUGGUCGUCCUCUGACCUGGGCAUGGUGCUCAGCUCAGGGGUGGUCGCUCUCUUCGUCAACCUGUCUAUUUACUGGCUGCUUGGCAACACAUCACCUUUGACUUACAAUAUGGUGGGCCACCUGAAGUUUUGCCUGACACUGCUGGGCGGCUAUUUACUCUUUAGAGAGCCUCUCACAUUCAACCAGACGAUGGGCAUUCUCCUUACUAUAAUUGGAGUUUCAACAUAUGCACACUUAAAAGUUACUGAGGACAAGCGCUCAAAAAAGGGUCUGAUUGGCUGAAGACUUUAAUAUUAUUUCUUGCCAUUUUUCUCGGAAUGCUAGUCGAUUUUUUCGGAUUCAACAGUAUUGGACGCAGAUCCCGUUAGGCGAUAGGAAACGAGAGCUUUAACCCUUUGCAGCUGCUUUUUGCCUUGCAGCCUGAAAUCGUAUUAUUCAUCGACAAUAACAUAUAAUUAAAAUUAAUUUUGAAAUUACCAUGCUCAUGAGAGAUGUGAUAUAUGCAGUUCAUUUUUAAUGGCUGCAGAAAACUUAAUAGCGAGGCAUGACGAGAAUCUCAGUAUUUAAUGUUUGCUGUUCUAUCGCAAGCUACUUUAAUUGACAUUAAUUUAAUUCAUCUUGUAAGUGUUCAUAAAAUUUUGCCAAGAAAUUAUCUUAUAUAUUAUGCUUUGUUCCCCGUGAAAGAAAAGUUAGGACAAGAUGCUACACAACAAAAUCUUAAGAAUUCUUAAUGCAGCCUUAAUAAAGAGAAACAAAAGAUAAACUCCUUGAGUUUAAAUAUCCACAUUUCCAUCAAUACAGAAUGAAAACUUAAAAGUUAUACCAAUGGUGGUUAGAUCAAAACGAGUUACAAUGUUAGCUUUGCAGUAUAUAUAUUUUGUGGAGCAUUUUUUAACGAAUCACAAAAAUCAUAGCCUCACUUGUGAAUAACAGAGUAUAUAAAAGGGAAAACACAAUAUCUCUUGAAAUAACACAGCACACUUUCAGAUUCACCUUCAGUGACAGACUAAAUAAUGGGAACUAAACUUACAAAUAACGUAGCCGCCAUUUAUUCUCCACGGAACUAUGUAAAUAAAUAAAACUUUCAUUUUAUGGCAUCUCACAAAUAUCACUAGUGACGUGUAUCGAAAUCGAGGUAAAUUUGUACUAUAUAUAACGACAAUUUUUACAACAUAUGUGCCACUCACAUUCCACGCAACAAAGGGCAUUGAAGCUAA